AUGAUAAUUAGAAGUGAAGCAGCUGUUCUAUUUGCAUCAAUCGUUCUUAAAGCUUUAUCAGAAAAGAUUCAGACUCUCUGGCCAACAAUUGUUGACACAGAAUGGUUGUCGUUUUGUGAAGGUCUAGCAGUACUAUACUGUAUGAAAGUACUUUGGCAUCAAGAUUCUGAAGAAAAGGAAAAUGUGUCUUUUAAUUUACUUUCAAUGAUACCCGACAAUGGACGACAACAAGAGGUAGCAACGAAAUUACUUAGUUUACUCAGUGAAUUUCGAUGGGUUCCGAAGAAAAAUCAAGAAAUGGCUCUUUAUAAAUUAAUUAAUCGAGACCAUCUUACAUUAGAACAUCUCGAAGUGGCUGCUUCAUUCGAAACAUAUACUAGUUAUCUGACUCAAUUUGUAAUAGCUCAUCAAAAAGAUGGCAAUGAAUUGCAAGAAAAUAUUCAAAUACAACUUAAUAAACUACUGAAAGAAAACCACUUUUCAUCCUAUGAUGUACGAAAAUGGCAAGGUUUCACAAUGGAACAAAAAACUAUUAUUCGUCAUAUAUGGACACCAGUUAUUCCAGCUACGGAACCAAUACAUCCACUUGAUGGUCUAUUCGAUGAUACUCAUCGAAAAUUGAAAAUUGAUUCAUGUGAAGGGAAGGAUUUAUUAUUGAAAUUAUGUUAUGUCAGUGCUGAAUUUCCUUUUUUUCUUAUAUAUGCAGCAUGUUCAUCAAAAAAUGAUCCAUUUGAUAUUGUACUAAGACGAAUGAUUGAUGAAGAAAAUAAUAUUUGUUUUAGUGAAAAUAUAAAUCAUUUGAGUUUACGGUUGAUUCAUGAUUUAAGAAGAAUAAAAAGUGAUUAUGAAAUACAAAUAAAUGACAGUUCAUUGCCAGAUAUUUAUUAA